GACGCGCCGGGUCUUAGCCCCUUUGUGCCAUCCGGGUCUCUCGCGCGAGGGAUUUCAGUCUGUGGCGAAGCGGUUAGGCGGCCGGUACUGUGGAGAGCGUUAAGUGGAGGUGCCGCCGUAGCGGCCAGGACUCUGGACUAUGGCGGCUAGUGAUACAGAACGAGAUGGACUAGCCCCAGAAAAGACAUCCCCAGAUAGAGAUAAGAAAAAAGAGCAGUCCGAUAUAUCUGUUUCUCCCAAAGCCUCAAAACAUCAUUAUUCAAGAUCACGAUCAAGGUCAAGAGAAAGAAAACGAAAGUCAGAUAAUGAAGGAAGAAAACACAGGAGCCGGAGCAGAAGCAAAGAGGCAAGAAGACAUGAAUCCAAAGAUAAAUCCUCUAAGAAACACAAGUCUGAGGAACAUAAUGACAAAGAGCAUUCUUCUGAUAAAGGGAGAGAGCGGCUGAAUUCAUCUGAAAAUGGUGAGGACAGACACAAACGCAAAGAAAGAAAGUCAUCAAGAGGCAGAAGUCAUUCAAGGUCUAGGUCUCGGGAAAGGCGUCAUCGUAGUAGGAGCAGAGAGAGAAAGAAAUCACGAUCCAGAAGCAGAGAGAGAAAGAAAUCACGAUCCAGAAGCAGAGAGAGAAAACGGCGGAUCCGGUCUCGUUCCCGCUCAAGAUCGAGACACAGACAUAGGAGUAGAAGCAGGAGUCGGACAAGGAGUAGAAGUCGAGAUAGAAAGAAGAGAAUUGAAAAACCAAGAAGAUUUAGCAGAAGUUUAAGCCGAACUCCUAGCCCACCUCCCUUCCGAGGCAGAAACACAGCAAUGGAUGCACAAGAAGCUUUAGCUAGGAGGUUGGAAAGGGCAAAGAAAUUACAGGAACAGCGAGAAAAGGAAAUGGUUGAAAAACAAAAACAGCAGGAAAUAGCUGCAGCAGCUGCAGCUACCGGAGGUUCUGUUCUCAAUGUUGCUGCCCUAUUGGCAUCAGGAACACAAGUAACUCCUCAGAUAGCUAUGGCAGCUCAAAUGGCAGCCUUGCAGGCUAAAGCUUUGGCAGAGACCGGGAUAGCUGUACCUAGCUAUUACAACCCAGCAGCUGUGAAUCCAAUGAAAUUUGCUGAACAAGAGAAAAAAAGGAAAAUGCUUUGGCAAGGCAAGAAAGAAGGAGACAAAUCCCAGUCUGCUGAAAUAUGGGAGAAAUUGAAUUUUGGAAACAAGGACCAAAAUGUCAAAUUUAGGAAAUUAAUGGGUAUUAAGAGUGAAGAUGAAGCUGGAUGUAGCUCCGUUGAUGAAGAAAGUUACAAGACAUUGAAACAGCAGGAAGAAGUAUUCAGAAAUCUAGACGCUCAGUAUGAAAUGGCAAGAUCACAAACCCACACGCAAAGAGGAAUGGGAUUGGGUUUUACAUCAUCAAUGCGAGGAAUGGACACAGUUUGAAGAAAAAUCACACUUUAUACUUGGGACUUUUAUAGACUUCUGGUUCUGAUGUCAGGUCCUUGUUCACCAAACAGCUGGCAUUCUAGCUUGCAUGGGUGUUGCAUUGACUUUAAUUUAUUGAAAAAUAUGAUUUUUUGUAAAUAUCAGAUCAGUGAUACUGGUGUUAGUGUUGUAAUCAGGUUAAACCCGCUUCCAUUAAACUUGACAGGACUAUAGAAGGACAAUAUUUUUUAGUUAAUGAAUUCUACUUUUCAAAUAUAUAAAAGCUGCAGAUGGGAUAAAAUCUCAUACAUGGAUUUUUGGUGUCCACUGUCUUGUGUACUUUUGUACUUAACCUUGUACAGUUAUUUUCAUCUCUUGAAACAUGAAAGAAAUGUUAUGUAGAUGUUCUUUAGAAGAUCUGGCCAUUUGGUACAUAAUCCAGCACAAAUAGGCUGGGUGGUGAUGAUAAUAAAAAUGGUUUUCUCAAAACUCGUGUUAAUUUAAGUUACCUGGAAUUCUUAUUUGAAUUUGACUUAUGGUUUCUGUAGCAUUUUGCAAUUUCUAGUAGAAGACACUGGCUAGAAAUUCCUUUUUUUUUUUUUUUAAAGAAUUAUGCUAUAGGCAAUACCAUGGUGAGCAAAAAUGUAAAAGGAAGUUGGGAGGAGUGAAAAAACUUAGUAAAAUAAUACUGUUUUCCUACUAUUAUAAGGGACAGAACUGGUGUACAGUAU